CUCCUAGCGACUAGAGCGGCAGGGAUCAGGAACCGCGGAAACUGGAGAGGUGGCACCCCAGCGAGGGCCACCAUGGGGAACCAGAGACCGCAGGACCAGCCGAGGUCCCCGGGCAUGGACUUCAAACCCUGGUACUGUGACAAACCGCCUUCCAAGUGCAUCGCGAAGCGCAAGCACAGGCGCCUGAGGUUCCUGCCCAUGGACACCCAGAACUGGGUAUUCAUGACGGAGGGCAUGAACGACUUCCGCUACGGCUGUCCGUCUCCCGAAGAUACGCUCAUUUGUGGCCGUGACGAGUUCUUACUCCCCAAAAGCUCUCGCAGAGGUCCCCAAACUGACCCCAAAAGCAGGCAGAAAAAGUUGCUCAAGAAAGCGGCCCUAUUUUCCAAGCUCUCUCCAGCCCAGCUAGCACGGAAGGCGUUCGUAGAGGAAGUGGAAGCCCAGCUGACGGCCAAGCAUCCCUUGGCCAUGUACCCCAAUCUGGGAGAAGAUAUGCCUCCAGAUCUCCUACUACAGGUGCUGAAACUGCUGGAUCCUGAGAGGAAGCUGGAGGAUGCUUGGGCUCGUUGUGAGGCCCGGGAGAAAACAACCGAGGUACCCACAGAGCCUGGUAAAUACCCCAGUGGGGAACUCUGCCCAAAGCCUCCCGAGACUCCGGUGUCACAUCUCUGCCCGGAGCCUCCCAAGACUCCGGUGUCCAGUCUCCACCCGGAGCCUCCUGAGUCUGGAGUGUCCCAUCUCCACCCGGAGCCUCCCAAGACUCCGGUGUCCUGUCUCCGCCCAGAGCCUCUCGAGACUGGAGUGUCCCAUCUCGGCCCGGAACAUCCCAACACUCGUCGGGUGUCCAGUCUCCUACGACAGCUACUGAAACUGGAUUCUGAGAGGAAGCUGGAAGACGCACGGGCUCGUUGCGAGGGCCGAGAGAAGACAACCAACGAACACACAGAGCGUGGUAAAUACCCUUGUGGGGAAUUCUGCCCGCGGCCUUUCGAGACUCCAGUGUCCCAUCUCCGCCAGGAGCCUCCCAAGACUCCGGAGUCCAGUCUCCGGCCAGAGCCUCCUGAGACUGGAACCGGAGUGUCCCAUCUCCGCCUAGAGCCUCCCAAGACUCGUCGGGGGUCCAGUCUCCACUUGGACCCUUCUGAGACUGGAGUGUCCCAUCUCGGCCUAGCGCCUCCCAAGACUCGUCGGGGGUCCAGUCUCCACUCGGAGCCUUCCGAGACUGGAGGGUCCCAUCUCCGCCCGGAGCCUCCCAAGACUGAAGUGUCUCAUCUCCAGCCAGUGCCUCCCAAGACUGGAGUGUCCCAUCUCCGCCCAGAACCUCCCGACACCAGUCGGGUGUCCAAUCUCCUACUAUACAUGCUGAAAGUGCUGGAUUCUGGGAGGACGCUGAAGGACGUAUGGGCUCGUUGUGAGGCCCGGGUGAAGAAAAUCGAGGAACCCACCGAGCCUGAUAAAUUCCCUUGUGGGGAACCCUGCUUGCAGCCUCCGAAGGCUCAGGUGUCCCAUCUCCACCCGCAGCCUCCCAAGACUCGUCGGGCGUCCAGUCUCCGCUCGGAUCCUCCCAAGACUCGUCGGAGGUCCAUUCUCCGUCCAGAGUCUCCCAAGACUCGUCGGGUGUCCAGUCUCCGCCUGGAGCUUCCCAAGACUCGUCGGGUGUCCAGUCUCCGCGCGGAGCCUCCCAAAGCUCCAGUGUCCCAUCAGUUCUCGGAGCCUCCCAAGAUUCGAGCGUCCUACAUAAAAGAACUGUUUCACGAAGAUACACCAAACACAACAGAGUGCGUUUCUGACUCUCUUCGAUAUAGAUACACAUCAGAAAAACUCCGUGAAUUCUUCAAGUGGGCUGCAGACCUGGGAGCUGAUGAAGAAUCCAUCAGGAAUCUGUUUGACUUUACCCCCAAGUACAGAGCAACCUAUUACGACCAAAAGAUUAAGAAGGUAAAAGAGUGUUCCUCAGAGCUGAAGUACAGCAUGGAGCUAGAUGAAAAGAAUGAGGCUAAAUUCUUCUCACAGGAAAAAUACUGGGGCAGGAAACUCCACACGCCAUCGAAUUCUUAUACCGCACAGCGUGUGAAGAUGAAGUAUGGAGCAUGGUACCUCAAGCCUAAGUUGUGGAAAAAGCUAAGAAGUGAUGAACCUUUGAUUGACCCCAAGCUCUUGCUUGAAAAGCCUGAUGAACCUGACAUUCUUGACGAUCUUUAUGGACCAAUUGCCUUUAAGGAUUUCAUUCUAAGCAAGGGCUAUGAAAUGCCUGCCAUCCUUGAAAGACUGUUUGCCAGGAAGGGAUGGACUUAUGACUCUGUUAAGACUCCUAUUCAACGUGCAAUACGAUUUUACAAGUACAAAGAAAUUGCACACACAUCGGAAGAAUAUUAGGUGGUUUUCCAUUUACUACUUAAUUGAGUAUUUCUUGCUCUGAUUUUAAACAUCAAUCAGAAUUUAUGAUGACUGGCCCCGUGGAUGUACAACUUCGGCAACAUCUGUAACUUCAAUACUUAAUGUUUAUAAAUAUUUCUUAAUGACCUGCUUU